GAUCCGCGUCCGCAUGUGUAUUCUUGGGAUUCGGUUACCUAAACCUUGACCUCCAGCAGCCGGCGCCUGACGUCUCACAUAGGCGUCCUUCAGCUUCCUCGAUUGUUGCCUUUUUCUUUUUUUGUUCUAUCUUUGCUUUUUCUUGUGUUCGACCUUGCUCAGAUACCCCUUUUUUCGCCGGUCAUACGCUGCCUUCUCGUCUGGUGGAUCUAGCGGGCUCAGAUCAUUCGUACCCUUUCACGUCCGCCCAAACCGUCGUACACCCUUUCAUCCUCGAUCCUACAUCGGUUGUCAUACCUACAGUAUACUCGAUAUCUAUCCACGCUUUUACCGUAUUUCACGCACCGGCCCGAUCUGCCUCGAUAAAUGGACGUUGCUCAUAGCCGAACCAUCCAGCGCGGUACAUCAUCGAUUAGUCCGGCUCAGCCGCAAUGCCCUUGCUUGAUAUCCAGUCAGGACCUUCAUAUGGCACCAUCGAUCAAAUGGAUAAUCACGGAGAGGAAGAAGGAGAACGUCUUCUUCAGGCGGGAUACGAAAGCGAAGGAAAUGGCAGCACGAUAGCUUCGUCGGAAGACUCGGUUCAGGAAGGUGUUCGAAAAAUCGAGGCGAUCAACCUCACAUGGACCACAAAAUCCCUGGCCGUUGCUUAUAUCAGCAUUUUCCUCAUGGCGUUUUGCACGUCUCUGGAGGGCCAGACAACCAUGUCGCUCUCAGCUUAUGCCACCAGUGCCUUUAGCAAACAUUCGUUGAUUUCAACCGUCCUUGUCGUUCAGAAUGUGGUCAAUGCUGUUAUCAAACCCCCGAUGGCUAAAGUAGCCGAUGUCUUCGGUCGCUUUGAGGCCUUCUGCGUCUGUAUCCUGAUCUACAUUCUGGGAUAUAUUCAAAUGGCCGCUUCGAACAACGUGCAGGCCUAUGCGUCGGCUCAAAUCUUCUACUCGGCCGGAUCGACCGGCUUGCAAAUACUUCAACAGGUCUUCAUUGCAGAUAGCAGUAGCUUGCUUAACAGGGCCUUCCUGACCCUUCUCCCCGAGUCUCCUUUUCUGGUUACCGUAUGGAUAGGGCCAAUGAUCGCGGAUGCGGUCCUCGAAAACUUGUCGUGGCGUUGGGGCUACGGGAUGUGGGCAAUCAUCUUGCCGGCGUCAUUCCUUCCCCUGGCGCUCUCGUUGCUGCUCAAUCAGCGCAAGGCCAGGAGACUCAAUCUCAUCAAACCCAGAAAGACGCGUCGUUCGGGCUUCCUCGCUGCCGUUCGUCGUACCUGGUACGAUCUUGAUAUGUUUGGCUUGAUGCUCUUGUCGGCAGCAGUGACGCUCAUUCUGGUGCCGCUGACGCUGGCUGCCAAUGCCAAGAAUGGCUGGAAGAAUAACAGUAUCAUGGCGAUGAUCGGGGUUGGCGUGGUCUGUCUUCUGGUGUUGCCGGUGUGGGAAACUUCCAAAAGACUUGCCCCUAAGCCUCUCUUAUCCUUGCAUCUCCUGAAGCAACGCACCGCUCUUGCUGGUUGUGCUCUGGCCUUCUGGUACUUUAUGGCUUUCUAUUUUUCGGUUCAGCCGUAUCUAUACUCCUAUCUGCAAGUGGUCCAGGGAUACGAGGUCUCUACGGCCGGCCGCGUUACCCAAACCUUUGCAUUCACCUCCACAAUCGCUGCCUUCGCCGUGUCGAUCUUGAUCAAAAUUACGCGGCGGUAUCGCAUUUACGUUGUCAUCGGAUGCGCGGUCUACAUUGUCGGCCUUGUGUUGAUGAUGCUGUACCGCAAAGAAGGCAGCUCAUUCGCUCAGAUACUGGGGACUCAGAUUGUGAUCGGUGUAGGGGGCGGACUUCUCAACGUCCCCGUCCAGCUGGGUGUUCAGGCGUCGGCGAGCCACCAGGAAGUCGCAGCCGCCACGGCCAUGUUCCUUACGUGUAUGGAGCUCGGUGGAGCCGUAGGGGCGGCCAUCUCCGGGGCCGUUUGGACUCACAAUCUUCCUCGAAAGCUGCAGCAGUACCUGCCCGACGAGAAUAAAGGGGACGCAAAGGCGAUCUUCGGGAAAUUGACCAAGGCGCUAGAAUACCCGAUGGGGUCGCCUGCUAGGAUUGGCAUCAACCGGGCCUACCAGGAGACCAUGAAUAAAUUGUUAGUGCUGGCGUUUGUGGUGGUGAUCCCGCUCAUCCCGUUGAGCCUGAUGAUGGAGAACUACAAUCUCGAUAAGAUGAGCUCGUCCGAUCAUGAACCGGUUCCGCUCGACGACGACGCCGAACCCGAGUCUGAAGGACACGUGAAGCGAACGUGAGAGGAUGCGAGCCUGGCCCGACGACACUACAUAACGGAGCCGGUCUCCCACUCCAGUCUCCGGAUCAUUACCAGCAGACGCAUGCAGGGAUCGAAGUGGAAUGUAUGCUGACUGCCCGCGGUCGAAUCCCGAACUGCGAGCCUGAAUAUAUCUCAUGUUCCCCUUGACAGUUGUCUGCCUGUGAUCUUUUGGGGCUGUGUACAGCAACACAUGUUGAAAAUAUACACCGGGGGUUUGAUAUAUAGACCUCUGGAUGACGACUAGACUUAGACGACCUGAAUUAUGCAGCGCUAUAUAUUGUUAUGACUCUAUGAUU